AUGGAUGAACAGCAGCGUACGGUAUCAUCGGAACAAGCGUCCAGCAAAACAGGACGCUACGAUGGGAAGUCACUCAUCUCCAAACCGAUCCGUAACUCGUCCUGUACGAUUCCAAACGAACUGUUAGAAUUUGACUACUCGUACGGGUACGAUUGCAAACGAUACUUUAAUUUGUGCAAGAUUGCAGAAAAUGUGCUUGUGUUUGCAUCGGGCAAUUUGAUUCAUUUCUUCGACGUUGGCACACGCACCGUUACGACCCGCCGCAGCUCUACCGGUGGAGGAAUCGGAUGCAUUACGACGAAUCCGAGUGAAGAAUAUUCACAUCUCACUGUCGGUGAGAAUGGGACCGAUCCGCCCAUCAUCAUCUAUCAGUAUCCGGAGAUGACUGUGAUUAAUUUGCUUACUGGAGGCACGACUAGCGGUUACUCGCGCAUCGACUAUACCGUUGAUGGGAAGCUGCUAAUUUCGCAAGGCAUCGAACCGGACUACAUGCUGACGGUGUGGAAUUGGAGCGAGGCAGAAAUAAUUCUACGCUGCAAAUCAUUCUCGAACGAUGUACUUAACGUGAUGUUUUCACCGAGCGUUCCAGGACACAUAACAACAUGCGGUCUAGGGCACAUCAAAUUCUGGAAGAUGUCCAGCACGUUUACCGGCUUAAAGUUACAGGGGGAGCUCGGUCGGUUCGGGAAGACUGAGAUAUCGGACAUUGUAGGUAUUUUGCCACUACCCGAUGAGAAAGUCCUGUCCGGUUGCCAGUGGGGCAAUGUACUGGUGUGGGAAGCGGGUCUCAUCAAGCUGGAAGUGUGUCGGAAAGCUCGUAAACCCUGUCACGAUGGUCCUAUCACGCAGAUUCUUAUGCGCGAAGGUGAAGUUAUGACAGCGGGACUGGAUGGUCGUAUUAGGAUAUGGUUCUGGGAAACGGUUGAGCUAGCGGAUCCACCAGAUGAUGACCGAUUUGUGGAAAUCGAGCCCAUUAUGGAGUUUCGGAUUGGGGCAGAGCUGAUGUGCCUGGUACGUCGGCAGGGAGACUUCCAGUGGUAUGCUCAGGAUGGUAGCGGAGGGAUUUGGCUGUGUGAUCUAACUCCAGCCCAUCACACUGAACCACCGCAACAGUUGUUUAAAUGCCAUGCCGGAAAAAUCGUCGCUGUACAGACCAGUCCUGUCUCGAGCCAUGUUGCCACGCUCGGUAUGGACGGUAUGCUUUGUGUGUAUGAUUACGCAAAGCGGGAACUUUUGCUUAGCCAGCGAUUUCAGUGUGCCGGACAGACAAUGAUUUGGUUACCGCCGACCUUAGAUCCAACCGGUGCUAUUCUGGUGCUUGGUUUUGCCGAUGGAUUUCUUCGUACGGUAGCCAUUAAUCUACAUGACGGACAUCUUUCCUACCCGGAAAAUCGAGUCAAUCUCAUACAGCUGUUGAAGCCUCACGCAAAAUCGGUAACCGCACUUGGGCUGAACAGUAGGGAAACUAUACUCGUGUCCGGUUCGGAGGAUAAAACGAUCUUCGUACAUCGAUGUGUGCGUGGAUCGCCUCACUUUACCCUAGAACCGAUCGGAUUAGUUUACACACCGUCUGCGGUCACCUCGAUAAGCUGGAAACCUGAUACAUCCUCUACCGCUCUCGUUUGCUGUGUACAUGGUCAAUUGCUCGAGGUGGAACUACCGGAGGCAUCGGUUGAGUAUACGACCAUCUCCUACCACCUGCGGCACGUCGAGAUUAGACAGCUUACCUUCCAGUCGGUAAAGUCGGAGAUAAAGCGCAAUCUACGUGUCGCCGAUAUUGAAAAAAGAAAGCAAGAGAAACGGGCCAGAAAAGUGCAAACAUUGGAGCGUCUUCGGAUCGAAAACCCAAAGGCAGAAAUCAACGAGGAAGCCUUCCUAGCCGACUCGGACGAAGAGGAAGAGUUGGAGCCUCUGUACAUACCCAAGGUGCCUAAUCCCAUUCUGUGGGCACGCUAUACAGACGAAGACACCCUGUGGCUUUCGAUGGGAGGUUAUGAUGCUGGAUACGUUUAUGAGUAUGGUUUUGACGAUGAGGAUCCGCUAUCGUGCACGCUUAUACCUGAUCUGGAAGAUAUCGAGAUGACGUGCUACCUGAGAGACACCAACUACACCAUCUUCGGAACUGGCGACGGUGCCAUCAGGGUGAAUCGAAUCAAGCGAGAUUUUCGGGAUCUCAGCGAUUACUGGACCCUCCCGAUGCACGACAACCGAACGGGACGUAUCACGGGACUCGCUUUUAGCCACGACUUUUCCUACAUCUUCAGUGUCGGUGCAGAUGGGAACCUGUUCGCGUACCGCUGGUACGGUGAAGGUGAACCAUUCCAUGCCGUACCGCCAAAGCCGUUGGAAAAAUCCGUCAAGCGUGUGUUUGACAUAGACGAGCGUGACUAUCCCUCGCUGGAAGAGCAAAAAGCCAAACAGGAGCGUGAUCGGUUAGCGAAAAUUGUCUCCGAUCGUAAGGAAGCCGUUUUGCAGACGGUGGCCGAGCAUCGGAAACGAUUCGAGGCACUGCUCGGGCGCAAUCGUGCCUUACCGGAAGCGUUCCGCAUACCGGUGACGGACUUUGUGCUGGACGAACGUAUUAUGGACGAUCUGCGUGAACAGCUCGAGGCCGAACUGGGGCUCGUGCAUCGUAAAAUGGCGUUCGAUGUGGAGAAGGUUCGUAUCGCGGCGGGUAAGCUGCAACGUUUCUUUCUUGAGCCACUUGAGAGCUAUCCUAUUGAGGUGUUGGCAGUAAGGAGCGGACAGUCUGUGAAAAGUUUUCGCAUCGAAAAACUUGACGACGAUUACUUCCAAACGGUCGAGCAGGUGGAAAGAUUGGUUGCAGAAGAAGCAGAACGUAGAAGUCGCUUCAUUGAGCUGUGCAAAAGACCAGAGGACAGAAUCCCGGAGGCAACUUCCACUAAACGUAAAGAUCGCCGAAAAGACUCACAAAUGCAGCGUAAGGAAUCGUUUCUCGAAGGACUUUCCCAAUCAACGAUCGAUUUUAAGCUCGAGAGCAAAAUGCGACGGCUACUGGCCAAGUAUCGGGAACGCAAAAAUCAAGAAACAAUACGUCAGCAAGAGUGGGAAGAACAUAAAGCCUCCAAACCGGACCCGCACGCAAACGAUCCAGCAGAUGAUAUAGCGAUCAAGGAAGCAGCCGGAACAAUCGGUGAUUAUAAUCUGAAAAGCGAUCCCGAUUUCGAACCCACCGAGGAGCAGGUCGAAACUGCCACCGGGAAGUACCACGAGCUGUUACGCAUACGGAAAGAAAUGUUUACCUUGCGUCAAGAUUACAACAAGCGCGUGUUUGCGUUGCGUGAAAAGAAGGUAGAUUUGAUGCGUUACGUAGCCAAACAAAAGGCAAAGUUACAACAAAUACACGAGGAAAUACCGGACGAAAAAAAGAAACAAUUUCCGCAAGAUGUUACACUGAAUCUGGCGGUCGAGUACGCCGAUGAUCAGUACAAAUUUGAAGCGGAUCGUCAAGACUUUAAUACGGAGAGCGAAAUGGUAAAAAUGCUUCAGCAAAAAGCUACGCCCAAUCAUGAAUUGGUACUGAAAGAAGUGCUUGGAUUAAUGCUUCCCGCGGAAGAGCAAGCAAAGCUGAUAUUCAGCAAGCACGAAAAAGAGUUGCGCGAGCAACGUCUUGUACGGAAGCUGUUCAAGCAGGACAAAAUCAUUGAUAAGGCUACGAAACGGAUCGAACAGUUCGAUCGGGAGCUAGAAACGUUGGCUCAGGAAAGAUUACAGGUUGAAACGGACGCAAAACUGUUGGAGAACUUCCAGCUAACGCUCUACCAGGAGCUUUGGAUAUUGAAGGACUUUAGCAAGAUCGAAACGGACGUGCUGAACGGCGUGGAGCAGGUUACAAUCGAACGGAACGACCUACUCCAAGCCGUCCAUGAUGCACGAGUCGAAAUCGAACAGGUAGAGCUGGAGAUGGAACAGAUACAGCGCGAACAGCGCUCAAAUCUUCAACGAUUCAACUCCACCUGUCUGGAUAAUGAGUUCUCCAAGGUGAUGAAACGGAUCUACAAGAAGAAGUUUAAGCCUUGCAAAAUCAACGAAAACGAGUCUGACUCGUCCUCCGAGUACUCGUCCGAAGAUAUAGAGGGGUUAGAGAAUGCAAACGAAGGAGAGGUAAGCAAGGUGUUCCUGGACCUUAGCCACUGUCCUGCCGGCUGUGAUCCGGAAAUCUACAACCUGGCCAUCCAGCUGCGCAACGAAAAGUUGGAGCUGCAACGUCGCCACUAUGCGGAAGAACGCACCUUGAAGGAAAUGCACCGACAGUUGGAAAACUUGAAGCCAACACUGGCCGAUGCCGAAGCUCGACUUAAGGAAAGAAAUGCGGAACUGCUAGAACUGCGGCGCGAGAAGCAGCGUCGCCUAAACGAUAUUGACACACUGAUCAUUGUAAAGAUGGAUCAGAUGCAGUACUUUCGUACCGAGACGGAGUUCCACGAUGUAGAGAACAGUUUGCUGUUCAAUCGCGAAGCGUUACUGAAGCUUUACGCACGCGUCGAUCAACUUGCGGCGGAAACGCUCGAAACCAAGCGUAAGCAUCGGGUGAAUGUGGUCCAUCUGGCACGCAUGAAGACCGACAUUAAGUUUAUGCGGCAGCAGCUGGUAUCGCUAAAGGAGGAAAUCAACGAGACGAUGAUGAAGAAGUUUGGGCGCGUGAUCGAUCUGGACGAGCUGGAGGAAACCAUACUGCGCCAGUACACGUUCGAAAUGAGGGCCAAUCUGGACGAUGUGAAGAAGACUUACGAGGAGCGUGCGCGUGAACUGAAGAAAAUGUACGGCAAAAAGCAGGAAGAGUUGAAGAAGGUCAUCCAGGAGGGUACCGAGAAGUUGCACAUCCUAACCGUGUUGCAAGAAGAGUAUAACAACUUGGUAAAGGCACUGGCUCAUCAGAAGAUACUGCUCGAACGUCGCAAUCAACCGCCACCAACGUACUCGGAAGAUUUGACAAAAUUGCGCGAAAUUGCCAAGAUCCAGAAGGAACAGAUCAGCACACUGCAGCGCGAGAUCCGCACCCUCAGCAUGAAGUGCAAACCACUGUCGGCCGAAAGUCCAGACGUCGAGAUCACAAUACCUCCUCCAGUGUGUGGCAAGCCUCCACCGGUAGCAGACGAGUCCGUGUACAACGCGGUCAUGGACUCGGCACCACCGAGCACCCGCGCCAGCUCACCCGAUAACUUUCUCUACAACGAGAUCUCUAGCCUAAUCGAUGACUUUCUGGUGGAGCAGCUCGGUUCCCGUGUGCUACAGUCCGACAUCAAGCGCGUCGUUAAUCAUCUGGCUCACUAUCUAUCCAACAUCAUACACAACUUUGCACCGGAGCACGCCAGCGAUCUGCUACCGCACAUCAUCGAAAACUUUAAAUCAUUCAUCCCGGAGGAACUGCUGAUAACGAUACCACCGCAAGCGAUUGCCGAACUGAUCGAGAGCAUCUUUCGCACGUUCAAGGAGGGUUACGAUAUCGAUACGAAGGAAAUUCUGGGCGAAAUUGUUAGCAACAGUCUCGAAAUGAUCUUCCCGGCGUCGCAAAACUAUUCCCACAACAUACUGGUGGACAUUAUGAAGCAGGUAUUGGCGACGCUGCACGUCGCCGACGUGAACCAUCCGGACACGAUCGCGUUCAUUGCGAACGGGAUACGGCACAAGCCCGGCAUCGAUCCGGACGGUGUGAAUGUGGAGUUGAUGUGUGAGGAAAUUUUGCUGUACGCACAGGAGAACACGGUAGACGAGAUCGGUAUGGAUUUGGUUCGGGGUGUUAUCGAAGGGAUUCUGCAGUGUGUUCGCGAGCAAUAG